AUGCGGCCUCGCGCUGCCGACGUGCGGCCUCGCCACCGCCGACCGGCUCCUCCACCGGACGAGUUCUGCCCCGAGGUUCCCUUGAUGUGGAAGCGACAGCUUCGCAAGGCUCCCAGACUUCCACGUUUGGACAAGAUGAGACUCACCACGGCGAGCGAGCGCUUGCUGGAGAGGAAGCGCUUGCCGAAAGGCCAAUGGUGGGACUCGAUAGUUGCUUUGCUUCCUUCAGAAGCAGUUGGCGCUUCAACGCCCACGCAGAUGCAGAUAUCAUCGAAAGCUAGCAGCGUUGGCGAUGACUCCUGCCGCUCUGACGUGCAAGCUGCAGUUGCGAGAUCUCUUUUGGCAGAUAUCAUGGUGGCACAGGCAGAAUCAGAAGGCAAUGACGCAGCAACGUGGACUGAUGUCGAUCUUGAUCUCAACUUUGCCGAUCUGCACUCUGCGGAUGUGAGCCACGUCGUCGCGCAGGUGUUCGUAACACAGCUGACGACACCUUCGCCUGACAGUGGGAAACACUCCGGCUCCGCUCGGGAACUGGCAAGGAGCCCCGAGGAUGGCCUGCACUCCGAGAUUGCCCAAGAGCUGGCCUACCAGAUCGUGGCGAGGCCAUCAUCUCGGCAGAGUGAGACCGUGGAAGCUUCUCUUCAGGCUUCGGCUGUCUCCCCUGCCCUGGCCUUGGUGUCCACCGCGUUGUCACUCGACCGUGCAUGCAGUGCCGGCUCGCAAAUCACCCACGGCGAGUAUGAGCACGAAGCUUCGGAAGACGAGGGUUCUGUGGCUCGAAUUGCGAGAGAUGUGGUCUCGAUCGCUGGUGAACCACAUCAGAGGCCGCCAAGAUUGUCUGCUGCUUCGCAGCAUGAACUGUCUGAUGCGAAUACCGAGUCAAUUGCAGCCCGAUCUGUUGCCAGGCAGGCAGUUGCUCCGCUUAUGCAUGAAUUGAGAUGUGGUGGCUAUCGAGAAGAGCCGCACAGUUCUGACUCCAGUCCUGGGGAUUUGGAGAUGGCAGCCUUAAUUCAGGACGCCAUUGCUUCCACGAUGGCUCGUGGAUUCACCUUGACACCUGAACCGGCAAGCUUGCACGGUGGCGACGAAUCGCACCAUGACAGCAAUCUGAACACGGAGUCAAUGGUUGCGAACUCGAUUGUGCGCCAAGCUGUCCUGCCACACCUAGCUGAUUCUACCACUGACAAUCCAGCGCAAAGCGGUCACACAGCUGGUGUUGAAGAGAACAUCGGAGCAGCUCCAUCCAAGCUUGGCAAGAGUGCACAUGCCGUGGCAAGAGAUCUGGCGACCUCUGCAAGUAGGCAGCAAGCGGAUGAGAGUCGGUCUGCCACUCCACACUCACAUGCU